AUUAUUCCUUAACCUGUAUUGCAUUUAUUUACUAAAAUGUAGUACUCAAUUCAACGUUAAAACAUGAUUAAUUUCGCACAUGAAGUUGUUGUUUUUGUGUAUCGCAAAUAAUUCUAUUCAGUGUACGUAUGCAUUGGUAGGCGUUACUUGAAUUUUGCUCAGUUAUUCGCCGUUCGACCGCCGCAUAGUUCGGUCCAUUUCAAAAAUGGGCACAGAGCAGAAAGUGCACAAUGUGACAGUAUCUCUCAUCGGGGAGAUCAACAGCAGCAACCAUGAUGCGUUAGUAGUGGUCACCGUGCCCGGGACACCUCCUCCUCAAGCUUUAGAGGACUUCAUAGCGGCGGCCGUACAGACGGACAAGGGUCUAGAGAAGAAACCGGGCGUGCUGCACUGCGCUCGCGUGUCCGGCAACCGACUCGUUCUCUCGCCCACUGGACCCCUCACACCGUACGAUGAUGUUAGGUCUGUGUAUGAGGCAGCCUUAGCCGGCGUGCGGCGCGCGGCUGAAGCCGGUGCGCGGCGGCCCGUGGUAGCGCUACCGGCGGCCCCCGCAUGGCCCAGGGCUCCACUUGUGGCCCUGCUCGGAGCCCUGGAGGCGCUCUAUGUGCCCAUUCAAAUCCGCGAGACGUUUCCGUCGCAGGCGCACUCGAUCACGUCGCUCGGUGUGUACGGCGAGGGUGUUGCCAACAUUGACAACGUGAUACGUGACGCUUGCGCGCUAGAAGUUGCCAGAGGCGUGUCCCGCGACAUCGGCGGCGCGGACCCCGAGCGCAUGACGCCGCUGCGCGUCGCCGAAUACGUUCGCGGCGCGCUCGGCGCGAGCGUGCGCGUGCGCGUCCAGGACGACCCGCGCCAGCUCGCCGAGGACUACCCGCUGUUCGAGGCGGUCAACCGCGCGGCCAACCACGUCCCGAGGCACAGAGGUUGCGUAAUCUUCUUGGAGUACGAACCGGAGAGCUUCGAGGAGACCGUGAUGUUGGUCGGCAAGGGCGUGACCUACGACACCGGGGGCUGCGACAUCAAGGCGGGGGGUGUGAUGGCCGGCAUGUCGCGCGACAAGUGCGGCGCGGCCGCCGUAGCUGGCUUCCUCAAGGCUUGCGAACUCCUGAAACCCAGGCUGCGCGUGUCAGCGGCGCUGUGCAUGGUGCGCAACUCGGUGGGCUCGGAGGCCUACGUGGCGGACGAGCUCAUCCGCUGCCGGCGCGGCCUCGCCGUGCGCGUCGGCAACACCGACGCCGAGGGCCGGAUGGUCAUGGCCGACGUGCUGGAUGAGAUGCGCGAGCGUGCGGAGUCGGCGCGCAAGCCGCACUUGUAUACGGUGGCCACGCUCACCGGGCACGCCGUGCGCGCCGUGGGGCCCGCCUACACCAUCGUCAUGGACAACCAUGCCGCCAGAGCUAAAGGUCACGCGGAAGCGUUCCGGGCGUCGGGCGAGAGCGUCGCCGACAUGGUGGAGGUGUCCACCGUGCGGCGCGAGGACCUGGCCUUCCACCGCGGGCUGUGCCCCGGCGACCACGUGCACCAGGCCAACAACCUGCCCUCCACGCAGACCAACCGCGGCCACCAGGGUCCCGCCGGGUUCCUGCUGCUGGUGUCGGGGCUGGAGUCGGGGUCGGUGCCGUACUCGCACGUGGACGUGGCGGGCUCGGCCGGCUGCCUCCCCCUCCCCCCCACCGCCGCCCCCCUACUCGCCCUCGCCGCGCACUACAAGCUGAUCAGCUGCUAG